GCCCCGGCAUGUUUGGCUAAAUUAGCUGCUAGCUAACACCGAAGUAUGUCAACGUUACUGUUUUCAAUCGCUAAUCAAAGUUAUUUGUAUAUCCGUGAAGAUUUUUCCCCAUGGCAUUUAUUUCAUGCUUCUAAACUAUUUGCUAACUUGAUGACUAUUGUUUAUUGUUUUGUUAGUUACGAGAAGGGCACAACAUCUACACCCGUGAAACAAGGUUUCAAGAGACCCCCUCCUCCCCCCGUAUCCACAAUUCUGACAGAAUCUCCCUCUGACACAGGUGAUGAUUUCACAGUAGCAGGGAUUGAGAAGUUGGACAGCAGAAUCCAGGAAGCUGCUGUUGAACAGCUGGACAUAAGUAUGUCUUCAUUGGAUCUGAAUGUUGAUGUUGUCGAUGAGGAUGAGUUUAACAACAUCCAAAAUUCUAUAAUUGACUGGGAUGAUGAGACGUGGAACCCUGACAAGGAGGCAGAGUCUGUGUCAUCCUUGGAAGAAGAUGUCACAAAGGAAGUAGACACAGACAGUGACGACAGUGAUGAUGAUGAUUAUGUGCCUCGUGUUUGUUUGCGGACAGGUGGUUCUCUGACAACAAACAUAUGUUUGGAGUCACUGCCGGUUGUCAGCAUGGAGGAGUCAGUGCAUGAUGCUGUUGACCCCUCCCAUGAUUCAACGAGCAAAGAGCCACCAUUGCCAGAGGCAAUCAAAAUCAUUGUGGACGAUGAUGUUAUAGGCCAUCCAGCAUCAAUCGUCUACCAUGAUUGUCUGAGGCAGCUUGCGGAGCACAUAGUCCUACCAAUGUCCAAGUGCACAGCAAAAGACCCAGUGACGAAGCAACAGUGCUGUGCACAAGCACCUUUUGAAAUUUGCAUAAAAUCCAGAGGCACAGCAGCUGUUGUUGAAUGGAUGUGUCCUCAGGGUCACUCAGUAUGGAGAUGGUCCUCACAGCCCAUGUUUAAGUAUGGGAUGUUGGUUGGAGAUUUUAUGCUGGCAAGCAAUAUACUGCUUUCAGGCAAUAAUUAUGCCAAGAUAUCACUGCUUUUUAAGUUCAUGAAUAUGGGGAUGGUGGAGAGGUCCAAUUUUUUCAGGAUCCAGGAUUCCUUUUGUGUUGACAGUAUAAAGGAGUUCUGGAAUGAGAAGCGAGCCAAAGUGAUCACCCAGCUUCAGCCAAAAGGGCCUGUUGUAGUUCUUGGUGAUGCUCGAAUGGAUAGUCCAGGGUUUUGUGCACAGUACUGCACAUACACAGCCAUGGACAACUCAUCCAAGCAGAUAAUAUCGAUGGUGAGCCUUGACAAGCGGGAGACGCAAAGAAACUCUGUAAUUAUGGAGAAGGAGGGCUUUGUGCGUACUUUGGAGACACUUCGUCAGGAGCUGAAUGUGACUGAAGUUUGCACAGAUGCCCACAGUCAAAUAUCAGCCCUAUUCACUAAAGGACCGUUCAAAGACAGUGGCAUACACCAUUCUUUAGACAUCUGGCAUGGAUCUAAGAACUUGAACAAAAGACUUGUGGCGGCAGGGCAGCAAAAGGGAUGCUCUGACUUACUGACAUGGAGCAAAGAUGUCUGCAACCACUUCUGGCAUUGUUGCAAAACUACAAGCUGUUAUGAAGAGUUCAUGGACCUGUGGACGGGACUCCUGCACCACGUCACAGGAGAACAUGAGUGGGCCCUUGGUGCCUGCCACCACGGCCCUUUGGAGGACAGCAGAGAGAAAGACUGGAUACAACAGGGCAGUUUGGCACACCAGAGAUUGCGGGAAAUUAUUCUUGAGGCACGCUGGCUGAAGAACAUCGUCAAGUAUCUGCGUUUCAGGUCAACUGCGGACUUGGAGUCAUUUCAUAAUCAUAUUUUGAUGUAUGCCAGCAAGCGCUUCAGCUUCUCCCCAGCUGUAUAUGAAGCCCGAACCAUGUUGGCUGGCCUGGACUACAAUCACCACGUCCAUAGACCAGCCAAGAGAAAUGAGGAUGGCUCAAUUCAGUAUGGGAAGCUAUUCAACAAGAGGUCCAAAACAUGGAGGCUGUACUCUCUGAAGGUGGAUAAGGACUACAGCUAUAUCCCCGACCUUCAAAGUGCCAUUCUGCGAGCAAGACUUGCUGCCCCAAGAGGGAUGGAAAAGAGCAGACCCUUAAGACCAGAGGAUCCAAGAAGGCUUGGCGUCCUAUCAGGUGUCCCUGCCCCAACAACCCAGGAGCUGUUGCAGAAGCAAGUCAGCAGAGGGCUUGGCCUCUCCACCCACAGACUAGGCCCCACAGUGUUGCAGCAUGUGCCUGACCUACCAGCCAGCGCUGACCAGAUGCAUCAGCUGUGAGGAAACGGUUUCCCUGAAAUUGUACAUAGUUGUAUUUAAGAUUUUGUAUUUUUUUAAUUAUUAUUAUAUGGGUGUUUUUUUUGUUUGUUUG